CCCAUUCUGAGAUACACCAGACGACCAAAAGUCAACCACCAAAAUAUAAGAAAACACGUUUGUGGAUACUAGCACCAAGUUUUUUGAUAAAAAUGGAUAUUCGUCCUGCUCGCGUUGAAGAUUUGGUGGGAAUGCAACAUUGCAAUCUUAAUAAUUUGCCGGAAAACUAUCAAUUGAAAUAUUAUCUUUAUCAUGCUAUAUCUUGGCCUAUGCUUUCUUAUGUUGCUACAAAUCCAAAAGGCAGAAUCGUUGGCUAUGUAUUAGCCAAAAUGGAGGAAGAACCCAAAGAUGGAAUUCCUCAUGGACAUGUCACUAGCUUAUCCGUUAUGCGCUCUUAUAGACAGUUGGGUCUUGCGAAACGAUUGAUGGUUCAGAGUCAAAGAGCUAUGGUUGAGGUAUAUGGUGCUAGGUACAUGAGUCUUCAUGUGAGAAAGAGCAAUCGUGCUGCUCUUCAUUUGUACCGUGACAGUUUGAAAUUUGAUGUUCAAGGGAUCGAGAGUAAAUACUAUGCGGAUGGAGAAGACGCCUACGCAAUGCACAAAGACUUGGGCCUUCCUUCUGUGGAAAAUGAUCAAAAUAUUGAGCUUUCUAACAAGCUCCAGUCUUUAGCUGUCCAUUAGAAAAGAAAAUAAAAUAUAUACUACCGUGUCUUGACAUCUUUCAUAACAUAAAGAGGUGAC